AAAUCCAUCGCACACUCUUGCAUCGAAGAAGCAAAUCUGAAUCUUCUCGUUGCUUCUUCUGCUUCUUCUCCAUUUUUUCUGUGGUUUUUCCUGAUUUCUUUGGAGAAUUUGUUCUCAGUAGCAGGUUGUAGAGAUUGGCUGGAGUUGGUUUGAUUGUGGGUGAAUCUGAAAAACUCAAGAGAGGAAUGAGGGACUUUAUUCUUGACUUUGAGCACAUAGCUGAAGGUCUGUGUUUUUAUCUCUUGGAGGCCUUGGAUAUUGUUGCUGAGCAAGUAUUUGAAGGUUGCUUAGCACUCGUCUCGUUUGUUGAGGAGCACAAGGGGUAUCUGUUUUGCUUAGUCAAGAUUAAUUAGAUUCUUGAUAAGACUAAAUUCCAUAUAAGAAAGCUAAUCUCAGGGAAAUGGAUGCUUGCCACUUAUGUUGGUUGCAUUUUGGUACUAGCUCCAAUGGGAUCAGUUAACAAUACUGUUCACUACUGUAGUGUUUCAAAGGAUAACCGGAUUUUGUAUAGGUAUAGUGGGGGAGUUCAUGAGAUUGAAAAUCUGGCUGCCCUGUGCUUGGAAAGGAUUCCACCAUUCCACAAGUGGUAUUUGGAGAGAAUAGGUAAAAGGACUUUUGGUUUUUUGAUGAAUGAUGGGUACGUUUAUUUCACAAUUGUUGAUGAAGAUGUCGGAAACUCUUGUGUGCGUCAGUUUUUAGAGAACCUGAAGGAUGAAUUUGAAAAUGUAGCUAAAAUGGAUUCAAGAGGAAGCUCAUCAGGUUUGGCUUCAAGAAGCUUACAGGAACAAUUAGUGCCAGCUAUUCACCGUCUGAUAACUUCAUUGCAGCUUGGCUCUCAUAGUGGCAAUGACCAGAAGAGUCCAAAUUCCUCGUUUGAUCAUUCAGGCCUCUCAUCAUUGCCGAGUAAUGCAAAUACUCAAAGUGAAGCUGCUAGUUCUACGGAAUCCCAUUUGUUGGAUGGGUAUAGCAGGCCUGAGAAGAAGAAGAAGAAGAGGCCUAAUGAUCAACAAAUUGGAGUUAGAGAUACUGAAGUGGGGGAACGUUGGAAUUCUACAGGUAGGGAAGUCCAGUUUGAUUCCACACUGUUGGCUUCUGAUAACCAAAAUAGAUCAGCCUCUUCAAUCUCACAGCAGAGGGAGAUGGUUUCAAUGAGGAUCAGAUCCGAGUAUCAAGAUAUUCAAAAGAAGUGGCGGCGCCAAGUGCGAAUUGUCCUUGCUAUUUAUGCAGCUGUUUGUUUAAUAUUAUUUUUGAUCUGGGUAUUAGUAUGUGGGGGCAUCACAUGCCGCAAAUGAUUCCAAAUCAAAGCUAAAAUUUCAGUUUUAGUGACUUCAAGUACCACACCGUUCUACAGAGUGGUUUUUCAACAAAGAGAAUGGAUUAGAGCAAUACUAUCAAUCUUGUUAGAGGGUUUAAAUUUCUACACCACGUAUGCAUUUCAGAUGACAUAUCCAAGCAUGAUAUCUUCAGAAAGUUAUCUGUACAGUUUUAUGGCUUUUACGCCUUGUACAAAAGAAAAUCUUAACUAGUUUAGAAAUUCUUGAUUGUGCGUGUUUCAAUACCAUAAAAAAUACCAUUUCCU